AUGGUGGAAGAUAUGAAACGUGCAGCCAGCGUACUUGGGGAGAUCAUCGAUCCUUCUGAGCCUAAACAGCAGCCGUACGGUGCGGCACUACACGUUACGGGGACAACUCGAAUUGGUCGGGGCGGGAAGGAUUGUGAACAACACUCGGUUGCAGACGAAAACUCGUUAGUUCAUAAUUGGACCAAUCUAUAUGUUGGGGGGAAUGGCGUGAUCCCCGAUGCAACUGCUUGCAAUCCUACCCUCACUAGUGUUGCCUAUGCUAUCAAGUCUGCUGAAUUUAUUGCUAGGACCCACUGA